CUCAGAGCUCCUCCUGUGUACCAUCAAGGCCAACAGAGAAUUGAAUCGGCCUAGGUCGCACAACUGUCGCACAAUUGUCGCCCAUAGCGCUUCCAAGCUCAGAUGCGGGCGACGAAGUCCGAACACUUCGACUCUUUUUGUUAUUAAUCUUCCGAGCCAAUACUUUCCCUACUACUUCGCGGUCGGCGUCCAGCUCCUCCACCGCAGAAAACCCUGUUAUCCUGUCCCUCACAGAAAUGUCAGAUAGUCAGCAAAACCCAAUGGCUUAACCCCGAAUUAUACAAAUAAAGAACGAUGUUCUACAACGCCCUCAUCCGAACCCACCACAUCACCUCCCGCAAAAAGGUGUCUGCGCUGAAACGCGCAGCCGAUAUACACAAUUGCUUCGUGCUUCUGCGCUCCGGUGGUUGUCCAGGGAUAAUGUAUGUCGAGGCGAAAGACCAAUCCGCUGUUGAGUCUUGGGUGACUGUCGUUCGAAAACUUCGGUACAAGGAUUUUCAACUAGCCACGCGACCAGGACCCCUCCACGACGAGAAUCAGACAGACCUUCAUGAUCAGAAGCAGUCAUCCCACCAGACAAGAAUGAGGGAUAUAAGGGCCGGUGUGUCAGAGGUAGAAACUGUCAAGGAGUUUGGGAGUUUAAUGGAACAACGGGGUGUCUGGAAAUGGUGGAGAAAAGGGAUGGGAUACGUUGGUUGA